GAGGCUUCCGACGAGGAGGCCUCGGCCGAAGAUGACGAUGGGGACGACGCCCGGAAAGAGAAGGAGAGCGAGGAGAAUCCGAAAGGAGGGAGCUCCGUGGAGAAACAGGGCGUGCCCAAGAGGAGGAGGAAAUCGAGCGCGGCGAAGAAAGAUUCGGUGACGCCCGGAAUCGAGCGGCCCACCAGAGAAAGGACAUUGGUGGAGCUGUAUUCCGCUCCUGCCCUCGUCAGGACGCCCUCCAGCAAGGGCUUCUCCAUCGAAAAGGUACUGGCACGCUUGGACUCUCUUUUUUAAUCUUUUUUUCCAAGGGAUUAAUGGCUUGCUGGUAUUUCAGGGUCGUGGUAUACAGCUUAAGGACAUUCCCAAUGGUAUGUUUCCAGCUUUAAUUGUUUCCUCAUGGUUUACAGUGGGUUGAUGACCAUAGCCUAUUGCAUUCGUGUAUGAUUGGUUUCUUAUGUCUUUUUUUUUUGCUAGACUAUAAUUGGUUAUAGGUUUCCAGUUGGAUCCAAUUGUUAACAAGGCUGCUUUAUACUUGUGAUGUGUUCUUAUAAAAUCAGAGUUUUGAGGCUUUAAAUCAGCGUGCGGUUGCAGUAGUUGUGGAUCCCAUUUAGAGUGUCGAAGGGAAGGUGGUGAUUGAUGCCUUCCGUUUGAUCAACCCACAAACCAUGAUGCUUGGCCAAGAACCCAGGCAGACAACCUCCAACCUUGGACAUCUCAACAAACCGUCCAUCCAAGCAUUGAUCUAUGGGCUGAACAGACACUAUUACUCAAUUGCCAUCAAUUACAGAAAGAAUGAACUGGAGGAAAAAAUGCUACUUAAUCUUCACAAGAAGAAAUGGACAGAUGGCUUGACGCUUCGCCGUUUUGACACACAUUCUCAAACCAAUGAACAGACUGUUCAGGUAUGACAGAUAAAUUACAACGCAUCCACCGCAACUAUCGUGUACGAAGCAAAAAAGUCCUUAUGGCCAUUAUGCAUUCUACUUGGCCUCAUUAUGG